AUAUAUUCGAGUAAUCAUCCGUCAUAUUUUCUAUUUUUCCAGCCCAAGUUUAUUCCAUUAAAGAAAAAAUAAGAUAAGAAUGUAAUAUUUGCAUUCUUUUUUUCAACCUUCUUGGUAAUAUAACGUUCAAAAUAUUGAAUCAACAAUACAAAAGAGGCAGCGAGUCUCAACGCGGCGGCUGUGACACUAUAACAGCUCUCGCCACAUUUUCCCGUCAUUCACAGGCCUCGCUACAUUCAUCUCGGUCUCUCUGAGUCGCCCUGUGGUCGCCAUGGACGAAGAAAACGGAUUUGACAGCAAGAUUAAGAACAUGCGGAGAAGUCUGAUAAUACGGACAGUGCUAACAGUGCUGCUGGUGAUCGCCAUCCUGUACACAAUAAUCCUCAGCUCCUUGGCUGGACGGGGAGCUGGACCCUUUAAGAACCCCAGAGGAUUUACCAGUGUUCCAGCCUUUGCAACCUGUCUGAUGCCAGCUGGAUAUUACUAUUUCAUAUGGGUUUUGGUGGACUUUGCUCUUCUCUUCAUCGUUAUUUAUGCAAUAGUUAUGGUGGCACAGAAGUUUGUCUUGGGAUCUGGUAAGAGGCAAUGUGGAGCUUUGCCUUUCUCCUUCCUGAUCACACUGUUUAUCAGUCUCAACCUCAACACUGGAUGGUUGUUUGCUGAGGACAACCUAAAUGCUUCCUGGAGCUUCAUUGUCUCAUUGUUCCUGCUCGUUAGCAACUGCAUUGCCCUUGCCUAUGCAACUUUCAACUUCUCUACUUUUGGCAAGUGUCUUCAUCAAGAGUCUAUCAUGGACUUUUGGAUGGGCAUCGGGGUACUGAAUGCUAUGGCUGUGUACACAACGUGGAGCCUUGUGCAGUUCCUUGAGUCCUUUACUGUCUUUCUGUCUUUUGAGAUCAAGCAUGAUAUGUACAAGGUAUGUACAGGAAUGAUAAUUUUACUUCAUCUACUGAUUAUCUUGUGGUUCAUCAUAGAAAAUACUUGGCUGACUUACACAUUCAACACCAUUAUUUUACACUAUGGAGUUCUGGUGUGGUAUGUGGCAACACUGUACCCAAGGCAGAUACAGAACUCUAACAGUGUAAUGAAUGGCCUCCUCAUCAGUAAUGUGGUGUUGGCAGUGUUGGCUCUGUUCUUCCGCUUGGUUAUAUUGUACAGUAGGAACAAAGAUAACAGAUUAUACAAGGUCAACACACUUGCGACAACUAUAGUGGAGGAAAACUGAGAGUUACUCGACAUCUUUGUGCAUGUAUAAUGUACAUAAGAUAGGUUAUAUAUCCAUGCAAACUACAACCUAAACAUACUAGGCAUUUAUUCAGAGAUGCUCAUAAAUGCCACCUCAGUCAAACGAGAUACCAUUGUCUUUCAUAACUAGAGGCUUCCAGAAUUCAUGUAAUAAGCAUAUUUAUUCCUAUAUUCAACUCUAACAUGGUGAAAAUUACUGUAGAACCUAGUCAAAACUGGUCUCAGAGCAGUGUGAUGUACAUCUCAACCAAUCACAGCAUAACUGGGGGGAGUAGUGUUUACUAGUGAAUGCUUUGACUACAUAUGAUGGGUGCUAUGAGCAGUUGAUGUAGGCAUGGGACCUCUGAACCAGUGAGUGUCCAUGUCCCUUGUCACAUAGGUAACCUUGAUGCAAACAUUGUUAAUUUUUCUAGCAUGCUCCUGCCAUAUGCAGAUGCAUUUCUUGGUUCACUGUAGUUUUAUUAACAAGAAUACAUGUAGUGUUUUUUCCUGUUAUAAAAGGAAAAAAUGUCUUCAUCUUGUGAUAAUGAUGGUUGUGUUCCUGCUGUACAAGUGGAAAAGAGUGAGAUUUGAGUGUGGAAAGAGGUGCAAGCUAAGACCAAGUAAAAUCAUGGGGAAGAGCACAUGAGUGUUAAGUCAAGAUUGGACAACUUGUGGCAUGAAAAUAGGAAAUCAAUGAUAUCGAUUCUAAUAGAUUAAUCAUCAUAUUAGCACUAAUGAUAAUAAACUGAUAAUAACAAUAAUAAUAAUAAUAAUAAUAAUAAUAAUAAUAAUAAUAAUAAUAAUAAUAAUAAUAAUAAUAGAAAAUGAUAUUAUUACUAUUAUUAUUAUUAUUAUUAUUAUUAUUAUUAUUAUUAUUGUUAUUAUUAUUAUUAUUAUUAUUAUGAAUUAAUAUUACUAUUAUGAAAAUCUAAUGUUAUUGGUAUUUUUAUUUUAUUUUUUUUUUAACCUUUCCAGUAAUCCAGACCAUUAUAUUGGCAUUCUGUUCUGGCUAAUGACUGGAAAAGUUGAUAAAAAUAUUUGGUAGGGAUACUCUUGGCCAUUCGAAGAAGAAAAAAACUUUCUUAAAAAAAAUUUGAAAGCCACAAUUUUCUAAAAAACUCCAUUUUUAUUGUGGAUAAAAAUACCAACAUAUAACUUUAAAUGCAUUUUUUUUUUUCAAAAUUGGGUUAGUGGAACUUAUGAUCUGUGGUUUCAGUAUGUAUGUUUAGUUUGGUUGGAUCUAUAACCUAUCUUGAAAAGAGGACCUUGGAUAAACUUGACAUGGAUACAUUUUGCUUUUUUACAUAUUUUGGACAAAUGAAUAUAUCACAAGUGAGAAGUACAACUCAAGGAUAUUGCUUAGGAGGAAUGUGUGCAUGGAUUUUUUUUUUUAUGGAAUUUUGUUUUGUUUUGAUAGGGAAAGGUAGAUUGUUACCAUUGGUAUAUUAAAAAUAGCUUCACGGUUUAACAUAAAUGUGCCAUACUUUGGUUUUGAUGCACCCCUUAUAUAUGGAGAACUUAGUUGAAAAAAAUAAGUAGUGGAUUUGUGAUAACCCUGUCUUCUACUCCAAGCCAUUCAGUCUUUUUGCCAGCAUUGCUGUAAGAACUGUUCAGGCAGAAGGAUCAUAAUAGGUUUGGGUUUGUACUUACUGAAUGAAAAAAAUGGUGUGUAGGUUUUACAUGAGCUUUAUUAAAUAUUUGAUAUUUCUUUCUUGACCCUGAAAAAAUUAAUUCAUGACUGAAACUACACCUACUUAUGGUGAAGUUACAUGAUAAUGAUAGUGAUAUGUUGAUCUUAAGUUUGCCUUCCCAACCUGCAUUGUCAGGUGUUAUAUGUAGUAUUAUGGUUUAAAAUUUUUAUUAAGAUUGUUCAUCUUGCCUUUGAAAAUGAUCCAUAAUUUUCAUAAACCUGUCUUCUGUAUAAUUUAUCUAUAUAGGCUGGCGAUCACAUUCAGGGUGCCCCAUGAGAUAGCACCACACACUCAUACACACAUCAUAUACACUCUUAUUAUAAAACCAAAAAAUGUAAACUACAACACAUGCUGUAUAUUCACAUUCUGUUAUAACUCUUGGCUAUGCAUAUUUACUGAAGUAGAUUAUUAUAUAAUUUG